CUUUGUUUCUUUCUUGCUUAAUUUUCUCUCUUUGCAGAAGUUGAGAAUGCCAACCGGGGACUUCAAGGAGGACAGGUGUACAACAUCAGCACAAUCCACCCCCAGUGUCACCCCUUGUGUCACCCCUUGUGUCAGCCCUUGUGCCACCCCUCCGUCACCCCCAGCGUCACCCCCUGUGUAACUCCCCACACAUCACCGGCUGUUAGUCGCAGGAACUGGUUCCAGCUGAGUCCUGCACCUUUUCUUGCCCCACCAGAGCUCACCAGUCCCAACCCCACCACAAACAUGGGAGGAAAUGAGGGAGGAGGAGGAGGAGGAGGAGGAGAGAGGUGGAGCUUCUUUGGAACUCGAUCUGUGGUACAGAAGUCCCCCACUGACCCAGGCUGUGAAACCGGCUCAGGCUUCUCAUUGCAGUCCUACUUCGGCAUGCAGAAGUCCUCCACCAUGGAUAGCACUAACUCCCAGGUCAACUUCAAGGUGGACGACCCUGCCAACUUCAUGCCCCCGAAGAUUGAAAUCUCAGGCCUCGAUGCCAACCGAGCUCCCACACGGCCUCACAAACUGAAACCUCGGGACAUGAAUGUUUUAACACCUUCGGGCUUCUGAAGCCAAACCAGCUCUUUAAGUGACACCUCUUUCCUCUGCCUGGGAGCUCCUUUUCUUUUCUUGCCCCCCAACCCCCCCUGCAUUUCACUCUGGCUGAGAGUACUGCAGACCACCCGUAGUAGUAGCUCAUCCUCCUCUCAACUACUCUGAUGGACUGCCAUCUUCUGCUAUCCCUCUCACCCAACCCCCCCCCCAGCCUCACUUGUCCAAAUUAACAUAAUUAAAGUAACUUCAUUUGUCAUUCCCUAUGAUGGUUUUGCUUUGUAGUAUUAUUAUUGUUAUUCUCUUACGUAUUGGGUGCAUUGGCAUGCAUUGCUUUGCUGUCUUUGUUCCAUUGUCGAUGAUGACAUGAGAUUGAAGUUGUUGACAUAUUUUUUCAGUCCUUUGCUCAAGUUAUUCACUUUAGCAUUGCCUCUGGGGAAAUGAACCAGUGAUUUCAUUCAUAGUGCUCAUUUGCCUCAUUUUGUAUUUUCUUAUGUUAUUUUGAACAAGCUCACAGAUUUGUAGUUGUAGUGCUUCCUCUGUUAGCAUGCAGAGUAUAGUGUGGGAUGACUGAUUUUGUGCCUAAAAUUGCAGCAUGUUUGCUUUAUCGAAGUACAGUUUUUGUUUUUAUUAUAUCAAAGAACAUAUUAUUUUACCCUGUGAGAGAGUAUGACUGAAGUGAUUUUCUAUAGAUUAUUUCCACUUAACUAAGUUCAUACAGUUCUUCUUUAAAUCAAUCAUCAUUGUUCAUUCUCAAUAGGAGUGUAAUGGGUUCAUUACAUUUUUCACUUGCAUUACUGUAUUAUUUAACAUGUUAUAAAAAUACAAAAUAUUGCCAUGGUAAAUGUUUUUAUAACAAUUCACAAUUCAAGAAUCCCCGCGUUUCCAUUUGAAAAAGAUGUUGAAUUCCAAAAAGUUAUUGCACAAGGGAAAUAGUCCCCUACUUAGAUCUGUAAAUAAAUCUGAUUCAAGCUAAAUUCUUCCUUGUUCUUUUUUCAUGGAAACAUAUACAACAAUAUAAGUACACAGGGCCCUUCGGAGCACCCCAGUCCUUUAUUAUAUUAUUAUUAUAUAUAUGUUUAUUAAUAUAUAUGUAUCUGCAAAGUGCACAAUCAUUUGUAUUCCAUGUGAAUACACAACAUCAUGCAUUUCUUUUUGUGAUAAGCAUUAUGUAGUUGUGUCUUGGAAACAGAACCAAUUUAGUCUCAAACAACAUUUUUGUAUUUAUGUUUAUUGAAAUAAACAAAGGCUUUGAAAAAAUGGCCUAAUUAUAUUAAA